AUGCCGGCGGCUGACACCCCAAAUGUUCUGAAGAAGAAGAGGUACAAGAGUAUUCACGAGGCGGUCAGAGCUGGAAACGUGGAAGAACUUGACAAGAUGGUGACGUUUGGAAUCAGCAUGAAUGACGCGGAUCCUGUCCACCACUUUACACCCUUGCACUGGGCAGCCCAUUCUGGAAGCCUGGAGUGCCUCCAGUGGCUGCUCUGGCAUGGAGCUGACAGGACAGCGGUGACCGUAAGAGGCUGGACUGCGGCUCACCUUGCUGCUAUCAAAGGCCAGGAUGCCUGCAUGCAGGCCCUUCAUCUUAAUGGUGUAAACCUAGGAGCUCAGGAUGAUCGAGGAUGUACCCCCGUACAUCUAGCAGCCACCCAUGGGCAGUCAUACACCCUGCAAACCAUACUACGGAGUGGGGUGGAUGUGAACACUUCUGAUAAGAACGACUGGAAGCCCAUUCAUAAUGCCUCCUUCCAUGGCCGGCUCGGCUGCCUGCAGCUUCUGGUUAGAUGGGGAGCUACUUUGGAUGAUGUGGAUAAUAACGGAAAUCUUCCAGUUCAUCUGGCAGCAAUGGAAGGUCACCUGCACUGCUUUAAGUAUUUAGUGAGCAAGAUGCCCACUUUGGUCCAUGCCUUGAAAGCCAGAAAUGACCAUGGGGAGACCCCGGGGGACCUGGCACAGAGGUUCUACAAGGACAAUAUUGUGGAGUACAUUGAUGUUCUGCAAAAGGAGAAGAGUCAGUUGCAAAAGGAGGAAGAUCUAACAUUUCCAGGUCACGAUGCUGCCUUCAGAGGGGACCUGGAGACAUUAAGAACGUUACUGGAAAAUAGAAUCAUCAAUAUUAACGAGCGGGACGAUAAGGGAUCCACUCUUUUGCACAGAGCUGCCGGACAAGGUCAUUUACAUGUCUUAGAGUGGCUGAUCAAUAGGGAAGCGGACUGCAACGUCGCCAACGAAGCUGGAGAGACGCCGAAAGACGUUGCCAAGAGGUUUGCCCAGUUGGCUGCUGUGGAAUAUUUAAGAAGCAAGAUGGGAAAUGACUCCGAUGAGGAAAUUGAUGUACAGGACCCACAGUUCUUCGAAAGACACGGUGUGGAAGGGAGCACGGACUGCAAAGCUGAUUUGAAUGUAGGCAAACAGGACAAAACGGACAGUCGUGAAAGAGCCUAUUGGAAGAUCCAAGAGCUGCAGAAUCUCCUAGAAAUUGCCACCAGCAAUUUCAAGCAGCUUGGAGGAAUAACUCCCGAAGAACGGCAGGCGAAAAUAGAAGAGCGACGGCUCAUCAAGACAGUUGGCGACCUGAGGGAACAGCUGGAGUAUGAGCGGUUGCGGCGGGAGACGCUGGAGGCGCAGGUGGACGAGUACCGGGAAGAGAUAGGGAGGCUCAAAGAGCAGCAAGAGAAACCCCAGGUCACUGCAGCCACCAUCCCCGAGGAGCCUUCUGGGUCCGAACCUGGUAAAGCGGACUCCGAUUCUGGUAAGGUGCCCUCUGACUUUGGGAAAGAGAAAAAGAAAUUGAAGAAAAGACCCCUCAUCAGUCCUGGCGGAGUGUUUGUGAGAAGGUUUUAAAGGGGUGCCGAAUGGAGAAUUAUGGUAUUCCAGGCGUCUUGCUGGCACGAUAAUUGGAUUUACUGGGAAAGCAGAGCUCAGCUGAAGAAUGUAGUCACUCCCAGGAGAUACCAGCAGGAAAGAACUCCGGUUAACAGUGUCAUAUCCAGAAUCUCAACUACCCAAGGCUGAUGCACAUCCUUAACUAUGCUAGAAAUAUCUUCUCUAUCCAUUUAUCCUGUGUAAAUGUGUAAUACGACCCUAGAGGCACAGGGUAGCAGUCAGGUUGUUUAU